AAAAUACAAUUUUCUUCAUUCUAUUCUCGUUGCAGCAUUUGUCGUGUUCGGAUUUCGAUUUCGUCGCUUAUAAUUCGUCGCUGAAUUUCAUAUGCAAAAGCCAAACAAAACAAACUUAUCAUUAUCAGCAACGAAUAAAACAGUAACGGAAAUAAUUGAUAUUGGUAAACCGGAAACCGUCGUCGUUGUCGUCGUCACCAUCGUCCUCGUCGUUGUCGUCGUCUUGUGUAAAGUGAAAUCAACGAGUACGACACACAACAAAUUAAUUAAACAAUUGCAAAAUUCCCUUUGGCUAAGGAUUUGCAGCAGCCGAAUAGCAUUUAUGCUCUGCUGGCAGCUACAAAAUUCCACGAAAUUCCAUUUUGGCAACACGAAAACAAACAAAUCAAUUCAAAACGAAAAUCUUCUGCAACAACGAUCGAAAAACAUUGACACAAAUCGUAAACAACAAUUAUUACGUUGUCGUUGUCCACAUCCUUGUCGUCGCUCUGGCGCCUUUCAAGCAACUUGGUUCCUGCCAGUGACCAACUUUAAGGAUAUAGACACAGAUCCAGCAAAUACGAUUACGGAAACGGAAACGGAAACGAUUACGCCUAAGAAUCGGGAGACAAAAGAUAUAGCUAUAGGCGUGGCAACGGAGCGUUACGCACAACUGCUGGCAAAAUGGAUCCACAGCAGCAGUUUUGCCUCAAAUGGAACAGUUAUUCGUCUAAUUUGGCAAUAACAUUCUCCAAUCUGUUCAAAUCGGAUCUAUUGGCCGAUGUCACACUAUCCUGCGAUGGCGCAGUUUUCAAAGCCCACAAACUUAUAUUGGCGGCCUGCUCAAAGAAGUUCGCCGAUCUGUUCGAGAAUACGCCCACAAAUGGCCAGUGCGUCAUCAUACUGGAGGCCACCACGCCGGAUAAUAUGGCCGCUCUCUUGGAGUUUAUGUACAAGGGUGAGGUCCAUGUCUCCCAGGAGGCGCUCAACAGUUUCCUCAAGUCUGCCGAGAGUUUACAGGUCAAAGGCCUGUCCACAGAGACGGGACGCCUGGCGGCCCAGCAGGCGCAACAGCAACAGCACAUGGGCGAUAGCUCGCCGCUGGACUCGCCAACGGGUCGACGGAGCAUGCGAAACAGCCUGAGCGCAGGCAAUGGCGGUGGCAAUGGCAGCAUCCUGCCAGGUGGUGCCGCUGGAGUGGGCAUUGGCCUGGGUGGUGUGACGGGAGCCAACUCCAUACCCGGCGGUCUGGGCAAUGGCAAUGGCCUGAGUCUGGCCGGAGCUCUGAGCGGCAUGGCAGCGGCCGGUGGCAUGGCAGCGGCUGCAAGUGUGGCAGCCAGCGGUCUGAGUGCCCUGGCGGCCAGUGCAAAUGCUUUGGACAGAUGCGGCAGUGCUGGUGGCAACAUAAUCGGUGGCACAGCGGCGGGGAUUGGUCCGUUGAGUGGAGGAACAGGAACUGGAGGAGGCAAUGGUGGUAAUGGCAUGGGUGGACCCAACAAUGGCAACAAUGGACCCAUUAGCCUGGGCAGCGGCGCUGGCGCCGCUCAUCAUCUGGGCGGUUCUACAGGCAGUUUGAAGCAAGAAUGCGAUUCGCUGAUGCAUCCGGGUGGCAGUAGCUCCUCGUCGGGUGGCAUGGGUUAUACCCAUGUGCCGCCCAUCUAUCGACCCAUCUCCUACGAGCCACUGCGAAAGCGUGCCCUGCGCAGUCCCUAUGCCGAGCAGGAGCAGCGUGGAUCUGUGCUGCGAGAUGGUUCCAAGAACUCAUCUUCAGAGUGUCCCAGCCCCAUAAAUAAGCCACCGUAUCAUCGUCCCUCGUCCAGCGCAUCCUCAACAGCGCCCACCGAGGCGGAUACCAUGCACUCGGAACGCGCUUCGCCACAGUCCAGUCGCUAUGAGAACCACAGUCCCAGCACCACAGCGGGUAAUGGCAAUGUAACUAGUGGCCUGGAUCGCAUAGUUAAAUCAGAGCGAAACAAUGGCAGUGCCAACGAGGCUAACGAUGACGACCGCGAGCUUAUGGAUGAGUCGACAGAUAAUGGAGCCGAGGAUCUGCGCGUAAAGCUGGAGAACUCAAACUAUUCACCGCCGCCGCCGCCAAAUUCGAACACCUCAUCGACGACCACACCGAAUGCCCUGCUGGAGAACCUUAAGAAUGCCGAUGGAUCGCUGUCUGGUAACCUGGCUGCCUCUAUAGCGCCGGCGGAUAUGCUGAACGUAUGGAAUGCCACCAAGAUGAACAACAAGAACAGUGUGAACACGGCCGAUGGCAAGAAACUAAAGUGUUUGUAUUGCGAUCGCCUGUAUGGCUAUGAGACGAACCUUCGGGCGCAUAUCCGGCAGCGGCAUCAGGGCAUCCGGGUGCCCUGUCCCUUCUGCGAGCGCACCUUCACGCGUAACAACACUGUGCGUCGGCAUAUCGCACGGGAGCAUAAGCAGGAGAUUGGUCUGGCGGCGGGAGCAACCAUUGCACCCGCCCAUGUGGCAGCAGCGGCAGCGGCAGCAGCGGCCGCCAAUCAUUCACCAUAGGAAGCGGCCGCAACAGCAGCGGCAGCAGUAGUCAUGAACGCCCACAAGGAGGCGGCAAAGCAGCGUAAACGUAAAUCACUCAAGAUGGCACUGGAGAAGUGCAUGCAGCGGCGGGAUGCCAUGGUGGCGGAGUCCACCACGGGGGCAGGCGAAGGCGAGGAGGCAGCGGUAUCGGAGGGAUUAGGAUCAGGUGGUGGUGGUGGUGGCUCAGCGGGCACUGAGCCACCGUUCACGUACGAACAGCAGCAGCAGCGAAUGCAUCAGGAGCUGGCACUGCAAAUAAAGGCGGCCAUGGCCGCCGAACAGGCACAGGCGGCAGCAGAGGCGGAGGCAGAGGUCAUGGAUUCAACCAUGAAUACCACGGCCAAUACCACCACAACGGGCACAACCACUACCACCAAUACCACCACAACAAAUACCACUGGUGGUGGCACUAGCGAUGGUUGCAGCGAUGCUGAGGCCAGCGAUGGCAGCGAACGUCCCAUGGAGGUGGAUGAGCAGCCGCCAGAGCCACAGCCAGGAUCUGAGCUCCUUGUAGUAGAGCCUAAGAUCGAAGUGCUAUCGGAUUCGGAGGAUGAGCAGGAUCAACUGCAUCUGCAUAUGGCCGAGCAGGAUGAUGAUGAGGAUGAAGAGCCCAGUGUCCAGGCCGAAGCGAUAUAUGAUCACAUGCCCACCACACCCACCAGCCCCAACAUGAUACCACCGCCCAAUGAGACGCCCAUAUUGACCUCCACGCCCAAGGUCAAUGUGGAGCAGUAGGAGAGAAGAGGAUGCCCCCCAAAGAAGCUGCUUAGAUUUAGAUUAAGAAUCGACGAACGAAAUGAGUGAUUUUACGAAAUGAUUUACGCGCGCAAAGAAUGAAUACAAUGACUACUGUUGCAACUGCUGUUGCCCUCGGAGACCACACCCAAGAAUAUUGGGAAAACUCUUGAUUAGAACUAACUGCAAAACAAUUACUAAUAUGAUAAGAAUUAUGACACAUAAACAAGCAAACACAGAGACAGACAGACAGACACACACACGAAACGGAUGUAACCGGAAGAUGAAGGCAGUAUUUGAUGUCCAACUUUUUGCAGAUUUUUAUGUGAUUACAACAUUUGCGUUGAAGCCAGCCACCAUUAACUACUUAAACUAGACAAAGUUAAAUCAGUAAAACACAACAAACAACAAACUCAAUUUAUGAACAGAGCUCAAAACUGAGAAAUAGAAAUAAAUGCAAUCCGGCUGAAAAAUCGUUUUCAGGGUGCUAAUCAAAACAAAUACUAAAAAACCAACAACUACAACACUCGCAAUCAAAGCAAUUAAAAGCAGUUAAAAA